AGCGCGCUCUGAUGACGUCGCAGAGGGCGCGACAACAACCGCCCGCCUUCGAUACUGAACUUCCGGGAUCCUCACAAGCUGUUGCCACAGACUGUUGCCACGGUAACGGCCUCCACCAGCGUUGAGCUGUCUCGAAGUCGUUCGUGAUUUUGAUUGAGAGGACGACGGAUUAUUAAUGGAGGCCACAGGAGGCAGCUACACAGGAACCACGAAAAAUGGCAGGAUGGAAGGAAAAGGAGAAUACACCUUCCCCACAGGGACCAGGCAUGAGGGAGACACGAAAGAUGGAGUGUUCCAUGGCAAAGGAGUGCUGCACUUUCCAAAUGGAAGCAAAUACGAAGCCACUUGGGAGAACGGCAUAGCUACACAGGGAUCUUUGACCUUUUCUGAUGGUCUGCAGUAUGAGGAGCAGGACUGGGAUUACUGCGAUGGUUACGACAGACGCUUCUUCUCUGAGAGGUGCAGUGGACUAAGACCUGCAGGAGAAUCUCAGCUAACUGAUCUGCAUCCUCCACGUGAAAUCCCGGAUUUGUGCUAUGAUUGUGGGGACGGUUUCUACGAUCCCACCACGAGAGUCGUCACUUCCUACACGGGCAGAUUCCUCAGGAACGCAGAUGACUCGGAACAUGGGUGGAUUGUGCACACUUGUCGGAAAGCUGGGGCCAAGGUUGUUGGCGCUGAUCCUGAAAAAACUGCUGCAACCAGACCUGAAGAGACCAGUGAAAUAAAAUGAUUACUUUCUCAACUACAAUGCAUGUAACAGUUUCCUUUAGUAGUUAUUUAAAAACUAUAGGGAGUGUACUGAUCAUUUGUCUGUAUUGCAUCACACAAGAUGAGUGAAAAGCAAAGUGUGUGUGUGUGUGUGUGUGUGUGUGUGUUGGUGUGUAAAGACGGAGGACU